CUUUCAACUAUAAAUUUGCAUACAGAACUGAGAGACUCAUUCCUGAGUUCACUUGUUGAAAACUCAUGGGAGAUAAGCAGAUGAAAGGUCGGGAAAAAAUUGAGAUGAAAAAGAUAGAAAAGGAGGAUGAUCUGUAUGCUACUUUUUACAAACUAAGAGAUGAGCUUUUCAUGGAAGCAAGUGAACUUUGCACAACAUGCAAAGUUGACAUUGGAGUCAUAAUUUUUUCUCCAACUGGUGAGCCACACUCUUUCUUCCAUCCAAAUGCAGACAAAGUUUUCAAUCGAUUUCUGGGGAGAGACAUGCCUAGGGACGAUGCAGAUCAACUUGCUGAGGCCCUUGCUCGAGCUAGAGUUGAACAGCUCGAGCAACAACUUCAUGAGCUUGAAGUUCAACAAGAGAUUGAAGAAGAACGAGCCAAGAAGUUGGAUGAACUUUUUGCCCAGGAUGGCAUUGUUGGUUGGCCUGGGGUGCCAAUUGAUCAAAUGGACAUGGAAAUGGUAACAAAUCUGGAGGCAAAGAUAGACAAUCUGCUUCUCCAAUUGGAGGAACAUGCCAAGAAGUUGACAGAAGAGGCUUCUUCAUCAAAUGUUCCCCCCAGCAAGAUUUGAUUCUUAGUCUAAUCUUCUGGAUACAUUUGUGGUGGGAUCAAAAUAAGCAUAGCCACAUUUCUUUCCCUUCUGUUGGAUCAAAAUAAACAUAGCCGCAUUUCUUUCCCUUCUGUUCACCCCAUCAUUAGUG